CGGAUAGCGAACGUCAGGGGCAAAAUAUCUUUUUGAGGACAAGUUGCCGUUGGGUGUCAUGGACGACAACAAGACUGACGUGGUGGUGCAGAACCUGCUGCUGGAGCAUGAAGAGCAUACCAAAGUGAUGGCUCUGCGGAGCGUGGGGUUCAUCGUGUGUGUCCUCGCGGGCCUCCUUCUCCUCGUCACGUGGCAGCGGCGUCGGAUUGACAAGGCCACUUCGCACAAGCACGCAGUCGCGAUGCGGCUGGCCCACUUCAAGCGCGUGUCGUACGUGCUCAACAAGCACCGAGAGGUGGAAAUGACCAACGUCGAGAUGUCUCCUCUCAUGGACGACGACGAAGAGCUCAAAGAAGACGACGACAGCGGCAUGCACGUGUAAUACUACGACUAUGAAUAUGCGUAACAACAUGGGUGUGCUGUAUAUCGUUGUUAAACAUCGACGGGAUGCGUUUG